CAUUCUUUAAGGAAAGAAAGAACACUGACCAUUGACUUUCCAUUUCCAAGAAAUUGUGAGAAGCCUUCCCUUCUUUAACUCACCAAAUUUGCUUUCACCAACAAAUUUGUGUGAUUCCCUUUGAAUUCUACGCCCUCUUUCGAAAACCCAAUUCGUCUUACAGAAAUUCCAGUACGCCAUGGAUUUGAAUUCCUCUCCUUCUUCCAAUACCAUUCCCGUCGUCUCAACGUAUGCUUCGCCUUUCGAGAGCCCUUCUCCUCUGCUCAACAACGACGCCAAUUCGUCCAAGGGACGAAAGCCUCUUGGCCUUUGGCCGGGAAUGUACCAAUCACCGGUCACAAAUGCUCUGUGGGAAGCGAGGUCCAACAUCUUUGAGAGGCUGCUUGACCCACCAAAAGACGCUCCUCCGCAGAGUGAGUUGCUCACCAAAACGCCCUCCCAGAGCCGCACCACAAUUUUCUAUGGUUUCUCGUCGGACUAUAUCUUGAGAGAGCAGUAUAGGGACCCGUGGAAUGAGGUCAGAAUCGGGAAAUUGCUCGAAGACCUCGAUGCCUUGGCCGGCACCAUCUCUGUCAAGCAUUGCUCUGAUGACGAUAGCACGACAAGGCCACUCUUGCUGGUCACUGCUUCUGUCGACAAGAUUGUGCUGAAGAAGCCGAUUAGUGUUGACAUUGAUCUGAAAAUAGUGGGUUCUGUUAUAUGGGUUGGCCGCUCGUCAAUUGAGAUUCAACUGGAUGUCGCUCAGUCAACUGAAGAGGGCUCUGAUGUUUCAGACUCAAUGGCUCUGACCGCCAACUUCAUAUUUGUGGCUCGUGACUCCAAGACCGGGAAAGCUGCUCCAGUGAACCGUCUCUCACCGGAAACUGAUCGAGAGAAGUUCCUUUUUGAAAAAGCUGAAGAAAGAAAUAAUUUAAGGAAAAGGAAGAGAGGAGGCGAUAGAAAGGAAUUUGAGAAUGGAGGGGUAAAUAGACUUGAAACCCUGUUGGCUGAGGGCAGGAUUUUCUGUGACAUGCCAGCCUUGGCAGACAGAGACAGCAUUCUUCUACGGGACACUCGCCUAGAAAACUCUUUGAUUUGCCAGCCACAACAGAGGAACAUCCAUGGUCGAAUCUUUGGAGGGUUUUUGAUGCACAGAGCAUUUGAAUUGGCGUUCUCUACAGCUUAUGCCUUUGCUGGAAUGGUUCCUUGCUUUCUAGAAGUUGAUCAUGUUGAUUUCUUAAGGCCUGUGGAUGUUGGAGAUUUCCUGCGUUUCAAAUCAUGUGUUCUGUACACGGAGCUUGAGAAUCCUGAUCAGCCUCUAAUCAAUGUUGAAGUUGUUGCUCAUGUUACAAGGCCUGAACUGAGGUCUAGUGAGGUGUCAAAUACUUUCUAUUUCACUUUCACCCUACGGCCGGAGGCAAAAGCCAUGAAAAAUGGAUUGAGAAUCAGAAGCGUGGUUCCAGCGACGGAGGAAGAAGCCCGCCGUAUUCUAGAGCGCAUGGAUGCUGAGGCCUUGCAGAGGCAUGAUCAAGUAAACAUACAAUAAAUCAGAUGAGGCAACUGGGCAGUGGCUAUGCUGAUUAUUAUUGAAACUUUGAUUAUGCUAUAGAAUGAGUUGAAAUAAAACUGCAGAGGCAUACAAUUAGAUAAUCGUUGAAAUUUUAACACAUCUUAUCUACUCCUUUCCUCCCAAGAAAAAAAAAAACCCGUAUGUUAUGAACUCCUGGACUGAUAUUAUGCAGAUUAGACCUCUGCUAUCCAAUUCCUAUUUUACGUCUA